UUUGCUCUGGUCAGGAACUUUGUGUGACGACACAAUCGCAACAUUUUAUGGACCAAUGAGAUUCGCUGCUCGCAGUAAAUCAGCCCAUCAGUGCGCAGAGCCUCGUUCCAGCGCUGCUGAGCGUGGAUGAGUAUGAUAAGUUUAGAAUCACUUUGGGAAAAGAAAUCUGCACAUUUGCGGGUGUUUUUUUUUUUUUUCUCCUUUUUUUUCCCCUGGAGAACAUUUUCAGUGGAUUAACGGCGCGCGCAUUGAUGAUAAUUUUUGUGAAACUGCUCUUUUUUUCUCUCUCUCUCUUGGGGAAACUGAGGCAACAGCAAUAUUUCGCAGCAUGAACGAAGAGCGGAUUACUUCGAGGCGCCUCAUCGUCGGGAGCUUUGUGACGUUUUGAGCGGCGCAGAUGGAAAGUCGCGCUACUUUGAUGGAGCGAUUACCGACUGUGAUGUGCGUUGUGUUCACUGUCGGUCUGUGCGUCGGAUCUUCGAACUGCAGCCGUCGGCUGGUGUGCUGGCAGGCCAUCCUGAAGUGUCACAGAGAGCCGGAGUGCCGUUACGCGUACGACCAGUACCUUUACGCGUGUGCGUCAGUCAUCAGUGGCGAGCGGAACAAGUGUCCCAGUCACUGCAUUUCAUCUCUCAUUCACCUCAACCUGACCCAGAGCGGCCCGGCGCUGGAGGACUGCGACUGCACCGCGGAUCCGCUCUGCAGGAGCACCAAGCAGGCCAUCGAACCCUGUCUGCCGCGCACCAGGACCAUGGGCUGCACCGAGGCCCGCCGCCAGUGUGAGAAGGACCCGCCGUGUCAGUUAGCCAUGACUGAUUACUUGUCCCACUGCCGGAAACUUUUCGGAGGGCAGAGGUGCUCGGAGGAUUGCCGCAGAGUGAUCGCCAGCAUGCGCGCUCUUCCCAAAGCGCAGCAGCUGGACACGUGCGUGUGCGACGGCACAGAGAGGAACAUCUGCGAGUACAUCAAAGUCAGCAUGAAGACGUUCUGCUCCGAUCCUGCCGACAGGACGGCAGGCAGCGGCUUCUCUGACGACGAGGAGGAUUCUGACGACGAUGAUGACGUGGAUCUGGAUGAUUAUUUGGAAAACUCCGGCGACCGCGCGCGCUGCCAGACUGUCGUAAAUGUUGCGACCGCCGUCUUACUUUUAAACACAUUUGUCUGAUAGCGUGUGUGUGUGUGUGUGUGUGUGUGUGUGUGUGUGUGUGUGUGUGUGUGUGUGUGUGUGUGUGUGUGUGUGUGU